AUGAGAACCAGGGGUCAUUGUCUUCUGCACCACAGUCAAGUGCGUGGGAGGGCUCCGGCUGAUCUGCAUAUAACCAGCCGGGUACCUUCUCUGGUACAUCCCAGUCCGAGUAUCUCAGAGAUCACUGAACAGUCGUGGUCAGAGCCAGCUGAUCAGGAAGCGUCGCCACUGUUCACCAGCCUGUCGAGCCACCUUGGACAAGAUGAACCCUGUCGCGUCAGUGGUGACGGUCUGCACUUUGACGAUCCUGGAAAAGCUGCCCAAAUGCCCGCCAUCCUUAGUCUCGAGAGAAGCCACCUGGAGAGGUUCCUUUGGCAGUUUAUUCCCGAACCGUCUGCAGUCUUCGAGUUUCUCAGGAUGAGGAAAGACCCAAACGUAGCGACAAUGGCAGUGCAGGCUGACCCAACAGCGCUUGAGACGGAGGGCACUCCUGAGGCGAAAUUGAGACGAACUCAGCAGCAGCAGCAGCAGCAGCAGCAGCAGCAGCAGCAGCAGCAGCAGCAGCAGCAGCAGCAGCAGCAGCAGCAGCAGCAGCAGCAGCAGCAGCAGCAGCAGCAGCAGCAGCAGCAGCAGCAGCAGCAGCAGCAGCAGCAGCAGCAGCAGCAGCAACAGCAGCAGGAGGAAGAACUGCAACCAGAAAAGUGCCGCGCAAGCUCCCGACGAUCGGCGUUGUGUUCCGGAGGAACCGGUACAACUGUCUAUUUUCGAAGUCAACAGCCAAGGGGAACUACACAACUGUGGCCUCCUCCACAAAAACAGCAACAGCACCAGCUACCGGGAUCGCGGCUGAACAGACACUCAAUUAGCUCUCUUCUAGGAGAAGGUGAAUUGCCCUGUUCUACGGACGUUAUGGAGGAAGGAGGCGAGGAGGAGAGGCGCCUCGUGUCUCCGAGGUGUGAAAAGGGUUCCUUGGAAAUGCAGAAGGUCGAGAACUUGAUAAUGCCACCUUCAUUGAAUGAGAGACACGAUCAUCUGCAAUCCCCGUCUUUGAUAUGGGGUAAGUUAAAAAGACGAAUUCAUGUGGGUUUUACUCAGAGUGCAAAGUUAUUAGACGUAUGUAUGGUCCCUUACUUUUUAUCUAGAGUACAGGCUACCAUUCCUAUAUUUCCCUGACAAACCAGCAUUUACUGUCUCUUUUCAACUUGUGCCUCCAUAGGCUAGCAUUUAGUUUCAGCUGAUCGAAGAUGAAAAAGGAGAAAAAGAAGUAGAAUUAAGUCGGAAAAACCAAGAGGAACCCUUCUUUGCGGGAACGAGGUCAGAUACGGGAGUGUGGACACCCCGUACCAAAGGUGGGUCCGCGUUAGAUUCCAAGAAUACAUAUUCCUGCGUCCUAACUUUAGUCCCAACACUCCUAGUUCUGCCCAUCCCAGUAAUACUCACACCCGUUAACAUUAACCACCCUCCUCUCAAGGAAUUUACGUCAAGGCCACCUUUGUACAGGAGAGGGGCAGGGUCCAUAUUUCCGUGCGCACCCUAACAACGGCCUUUUUUGCGGAUUUAGAAAUAGCAAAUAUUAAACUGAUAGAUGGGCGCCACUUUCAUUAGAGUAUUCAUAAAACAAGUGAUAGUAAAGGCAACAGAAGUAUGAAUAGAGAUCAUGAUAGAGUAGGCAUGGUAGGAAGAGAGGAGGUUUCCAGAUGGUGACAGUGAUUUUCGAAAUGGGCAUGUUGGAGUGCUUCAUGUUAUGCCACUAUAUACGGCAAUUUUUGGAUAGUAAAUGGAUCAGUUUAAGGUGAGCACGAUAACUGGCCCUAGGCUUGCGUUGGGAAAGAGUCACCAAUAAAGAUGGAAACUAUUGGAAUGACUUCCUGACCGUCUCCAGCUAGACACGCCUUAACAUCAGUUAAGGCCGAUUCGCAAGCAUGCAAGAGGCCGUUGAGUUUCGUCAGUAAGAGUAAGUUACAUUCCAACUAUUAGUAGGGCACGGUUAUGUGUACUCGAGUAUUACUGGUGGCCUUGCGCCAAAUUUCAGGGGUUAGAGUUAGGACUGAGGUUGGUGUCAGUGUUAGGGCUAGGAGUAGGAGGACUAACGUCGGGGGUUGGGCUAAAGUUAGGGCACCGAAAAAUAGAAACCCGUCCGGGAAAUUGGCGCAAGGUUACCUGUGAUGGGGGCAAGUAGUCCUGUGUUCAACCUGAAUAUUUGACCGAAUCUGCUAAAUACAAAGUUGUGGUAGAUAAAUUAAUGCAACGAAAAGUUACUUCGAAUAAAAUAGUAGAAAUUUGAGAUGAGAAGAAGGAAGUCCGACCGUGGGGUUUACUGUCCAGCGGUCUGGUUUCACUCACUGACCCAUCCUCCAAGACGAUGAUAAACAGAACUGCUGUUUGUUUUUGGCAGUCCUUUUGGCUACAUGUUCAAGUGAUUUCGACUACUGCUCAGCGAAACUGAAGUUCAGCAGAAUCUGUUCACUCGUUUGCUUGAACUUUUGGCAAGUUUUGCGUAAUUGCCUGAUAUCAGUUAGGCCACUAGACUUGGUGACGUUCUAAGUAUGAGCAAGGGUAAGCAAAUACAUACGUUAUGGUAAAAGUGUCGGAUUUUUGUCUGGUUAGUGCUGAUAGGCAAACCAGUGCUGGUAUAACUCGUGAAUGAAGGAGAAAAAUGACGCGUUAGUCACUGCAUCCAUGCGCAUCACCAACUGCUUCCGUUUGGUCCUACAGCCAAAAUGCCGUCAAUGAUAUUGUCAUUUUUUAAUUUCCUCUGAAAGCAACUAAGAACUUGGAGUUUAUUCAGUUUAUUCAGGAUCUAUAGGCUCAGACGUAGAUAUUUAUGUAUAAAUACUUGGGCCGAAGUCCAUAAGCCAUAGUCACAGAGGAGAUUAAAAAGCAACAAAUUCUAAAUUGGAGCACCUACCAGAAAGCAGACAGGGAAUGUUGGGGGACCCACUGACGAACCGAACUCCUCGCAGCUGCACCAUGCAGCGGCAGAAUAUCGGCGAAACACGCGUGUAUGGGCUUUUGUUUAGUACCUGUGCUGUGAGUAUGGCAUCACCUUACCCUAAAGAAAAUGAUAUUCUUAGUCCGUAAGUUUCCUCCGCCUUACUUUUCUUCACGUACGCAGUUACUGUCCGCUCACGAAAUGGGCGUGAUUGUCGAGGCACAGCCAAAUAUCACAUACAUUCCACUUGUAAGUUUCCCCAUCCGAUUAUCUGAUGCCAAUGUACAUUGGGUAAGUGUGAAUGAUAGACCUGCAUUCAAUAUAUUCUGAUUUUUUCAGACCUGCAAAAAUCUUCAUUUAGGGGUUUCUCGGAAGACUGGUAAGUUGAUAACGAUUUUUCUGCAAGUCACCAUACUUGUAAUACGCGAAAUUGGAGUUAAUCCUUCGGAACAGAACUUUUAAGGCACGGUCCGAAACUUCAUAUGAAUAUUUGAGCUGAAAUCCAUCAGCUACUUUGGAAUAACUGCGUAAUAUUCACAGACCGCGAAUAGGCAGCCAGUAUACAGAAUUUUGAAACUAUUUAUCGUACUGGCAACAAAGGUACAAGAUAAAAGCCCAGACACGCUUGCUUCACCGAUGUUCUGCAGCUGCAUGACGCAGCCUCGAGGUGUUCGGAUCAUCAAUGCGCCCCCCAGUCCUCCCCAUGUGUUUUCUGGUAUAUAACCUCCAGUUUCCCCUUGCUUUGUUUAAAUUCAGCAAGCUUUUCUACCUUUCAGGUCACUGUUCUUCCUGCCUUUGGCACAAUAGUACUUUUGUCCAACUGUCCCCUCCGGACUUUACGGAAAAUAUAUGCGACAUUUUUCCUUUUUCGUCUGCUCACACCACAUAAGUUUUGUCUUUAUCACGCAGAGGAGGAGGAUUUGCCGGAACAGAUGUGGGCAGCGUGGGAACAGCAGAUAACAGAACCAACUUCCGAGGACCCGGUAACCGGAUAUGCCCUGCAAUCACUUAAGGAGACGCUGCGCGAAAUUUUCGCCCUUCGUGCAUUCACUGCCCUUGGCAUCGAAGACAAGGUAGAAACACUAAAGCAUCUUUUUGCAUCAUAA